GAGCGAACCCCAGGAAGAAAAAUACGCGAUUGAAUAUUUUUUUUAUGUAUAUAUUCAGCUUUAAUCCGCAGUCUGCUGGCGUAAUCCUGGCUGGGUGUUGGAUCUCGGCCCGCAAGGGAUUGCGAAGAAUUUGCGACUCACAAAGGGGUCAGCCAGCUUUCUCUUCAAACUUGAGAGCCAAACUUUUCAUAGAAUGUAGGGUCAUUGUUGUCGCAACCUGGAGGAGUGAUCAUAAUGGACAGUGGCAUGGAUGUUAAGAAAGAUGCAACUGAGGGGUUCGGGAACCUCUCAGAAUCUCUAGUGCCUCCUUCCAUGGAUUUGGAAGAUGAGAUUGAGGCUCCUGUUGACUCUGGAGAAGAUGCUUCCAUUAUCCAACAACUGUCCACCUUUCCUGGUGACAACCAGGUUCUCCCGAAGCUGCCAGAUCUGGAUUCAGGGCCCUGCUAUCCUGGAGCUGAAGAGAUCAGGAUUGGCUGGGAUGGGGAUGGUGAGUCCGAAAGAUGCUCGGAACCACAAGAUACCACUUCUUUGGAUCCUGAGGUCUCCAGGAAUGGUAUGGAGGAGGGUGCCAAAGCUUCAGCUCAGGAAGAGGACAUAUGCUGGACACCCAAACCAGACCAAGUCUCCUCAGAGGUAGAGAGCGACCUCAAGAUCGCUAUUGACCAGAGUGAAAUUCUGAAGGAGAAGGAUGUGGAAGAGGAGAUUUCAGAAGCUGACCAGGCCGAGUUCUUACAGCUUUUUGCCCGACUGCAGAGACUUAACCCUGGCUUCCAUGACAAGUUGCCCACUUCUGAAGAUGACCCCUUGGGCGCCUCUGACGGCGAAGAAAGCCACGGGUUAGGAGAUGGAGACAGGCGACCCCUCCUUGAGCAUCCUGAGGACCUCCAGGGAUCUCCAGACAAAGGUGCCCCUUCUCUACUCCAUGUGGCUACAGGGCAGGGCCUUCGGGCAGCCGCUCAGCACCUCCUGAGAUCUGUCCAGGGACAGAGAAGCGGAGAAUUGCUUUCCUCAGAAGCCAACCAGGAGAACCUGCUCAGUCUCCUCCAUUACGAGGGGGGCAUUUCCAUGGAGGAGGAAGAUGACCGGAUAGCCCUGGCCCACUCAGACUUGGUGAUCAGGGCUGGCGGUCAGAAAAUAGAAGUUGAAGGAACAGCUGUGGCCCCAAGGAAGGUCCCUCCAGAACCUGCCUGUGAUGAUCAGGAAGAGAGAAGGAGGAAGGGACGGAGGCCCAAAUCGAGGCUCCUAAAAGAAUCCAUUGGCUUAGAAGCGGCUGCCUCUUCUGACUCCAACUUGGAGGCCCGCAACUGGGAAGGCACCUCAGAUCCAAUGGGGGAAGCUGCCCUGAACCGCAUGGAGGAUUCCUCUCCCACCUCCGAUCCGGUGAAUAAAGGCAACGUGUCAUCUUUCCCACCUUAUAAAGAUGUCCCAGGUCCCUGUGAUCCCGAAGAUCUGUUGGAAGGGGUGAUCUUUGGAGCCAAAUAUCUGGGCUCCACACAGCUGGUUUCCGAGAAAAACCCAUCCACCAGCAUUCGCAUGGCUCAGGCCCAGGAAGCUGUUGAUAGGAUUAAGGCUCCUGAAGGAGAAUCGCAGCCGAUGACUGAAGUCGAUCUCUUUGUCUCCACUCAACGGAUCAAGGUCCUCAGUGCGGACACACAGGAAACCAUUAUGGAUCACCCCCUCCAGACCAUCUCUUACAUUGCUGACAUUGGGAACAUCGUGGUGCUCAUGGCCCGUCGGAAGCUCCCUCGCCGGGCAGAUGCUGCCACCGAAAAACAGCUGUACAAAAUGAUCUGCCACGUGUUCCACUCAUCCGACGCUCAGCUGAUAGCCCAAGCCAUUGGGCAGGUCUUUAGCGUGGCUUACCAGCACUUCCUGCGGGCCAGUGGCAUUGACCCCAGCCAGCUUGGCUCCUUGCAAGACCAGAACGAUGAUGAGAAGGAUCCGGGCCUGAUCGAAGGAGAGGAGCUAUAUAACGGAGACCUGGCUCACUUCUCCAAGCAAGAGAACUGUAAGGAAGUCGUUAUCUCCAAACAGAAGGGCGAGAUCCUGGGCGUGGUGAUUGUGGAAUCUGGCUGGGGAUCCAUCCUUCCCACCGUGGUCAUUGCAAACCUGAUGCACAGGGGAGCGGCCGAGCGAUCCGGCAAGCUGAGCAUUGGAGACCGCAUCAUGUCCAUCAAUGGAACGAGCCUGGUGGGGCUGCCCCUCGCCUCAUGCCAGAACAUCAUACGGGAUUUAAAAAAUCAGAUUGAAGUAACCCUCAGCAUCGUUCAUUGCCCUCCUGUCACUACAGCAAUUGUCCGAAGGCCUGGCACAAAAUACCCUCUGGGAUUCUCUGUGGAAAACGGCAUUAUCUGUAGCCUCAUGCGUGGCGGGAUUGCAGAGCGUGGUGGCGUCCGUGUGGGACAUCGCAUCAUUGAGAUCAACGGGCAGAGCGUGGUGGCCAUGCCACACGAGAAGAUCAUCCAGAUCCUCAGCCAGGCGGUCAGCGAGGUCCAUAUCAAAACCAUGCCAGCCUCCACCUAUCGUCUUUUAACUGGCCAGGAGCAACCCAUCUUCCUCUGAUGGGCCCUGCUUUGGCCACUGGCUUCCCGUGUCUGCUUCGUAAGCUUGCUGCACUCCCAAAUCUGAAGCCGGCCUCUGGGCUCAAUGCCCCAGAUUCACAAGAGUUUCGUGGCUGUUUCUGCUGCAUGAACCAUCCAGCCAAGUUUGUUGUUGGGUUUCCUUUGCUGGGGACAUUUAUCUGGGGUGUGAACUUGGAAGUUAUGCCUAUUGCUUGAGGUUGGCUUCUACACUAGAAAGCAAGAGAUAUUGGCGAUUGAACCUUACACUACUGUGCUGUCCCUGACCUAGAACGGAUGGGUUAGACUCUACCACUUGCAGGGGAGACCUGAACCAAAGUGAGUGGAUUAGACUCUACCACUUGGAGGGGAAACCUGAACUAAAGUGGGUGGAUUAGAUUCUACCACUUUCAGGGGAGACCUGAACCAAAGUAGAUGGAUUAGAUUCUACCACUUUCAGGGAAGACCUGAACCAAAGUGGGUGAAUUAGAUUCUACCACUUGCAGGGAAGACCUGAACCAAAGUGGGUGAAUUAGACUCUACCACUUGGAGGGGAAACCUAAACUAAAGUGGCUGAAUUAGACUCUACCAUUUGCAGGGGAGACCUGAACCAAAGUAGAUGGAUUAGACUCUACCACUUGCAGGGGAGACCUGAACCAAAGUAGAUGGAUUAGACUCUACCACUUCCAGGAGAGAGGAAUGGUGCAGGGUGGGAAGAAUUUCUUAUUUUUUUUUUAAAGUCCUAAAGAUUGCAAAGCAGGUGGAGAAAAGCUUUCACAUUUCCCAAGGGGAAAUCUCUUUCACAGAACCUUUUUUCCACAAAAGAAGGGAAAUAUGAAAAUAUAGCAUUUGGUAAAUGCUCUUUGAAGUGGUUCAGUUCAGAAUCAGGUGCCUUGACAUCGUUGUCAAGAUCUCCUGGCAAAUUUACAAGGUUCUGCCCAGCAAGAUUUGGGGUACAUAGCCUACUCUCCCUGGCUGUGUGGGAUCCUACUCCCAAAAUUCAUUUUUGCAGUCAUUCAAGUCUGGCUUUUGCCCUUAGAAAUCGGAGCAAACUCUCCUGGUGUCUGGACUUCAACAUACUGCUGACAAUUCUAUAAGUUGUUUUGGAGAGACUGUAUGCAUUUUUUUAAAAAAAUUCAACUACUAAUACAAACUUCGAGAUGACCAAAAUACUAAAAUUAUUUCCUAAAGCAGAUCAGAGGGGAAAAAAGUGGGACUAAGUGCUCUUUUUUUAAAAAAAUCACUCUAUUCUCUGCACACCAAAGAUUAGAGAAAUGAAUAUUAUUUGCUGUUUUAAAGCAUCUUCUUGCUCUCACCGGAGAAUGGGAAGAGUUUGUAAGAGUUGACACUUUUUGGCAAGACAAUCCCCGUUAAGCAGCCUUAAUUGCUCAGGCAGCUGAAGUUUGUGACUUGUUUUGUAAAUGUUAAAAGUAAUAGCAGAAUUGCAAACUUCCCUCCAACGCUUUCAGAAAUGUCUAGAAAGCCUUAGAAACUGCGUUAAGUUCUGGUUUGUUUUACCGUAUAUGUGCUAAGCCUGGGUCAGCAACACUCAUGUCCAGGCUCCCAGUUCCCCCCCAAAUAAUAAUAAUAAAAUCCACCAUGUUGUGUUUGCAUUCUU